AUGAAGAGGUAUGGGGUUCAGUGCAGACUGUCUAGCCCCUACCACCCGCAAAGCAACGGUCAUGCUGAAAUCCCUACCCGAGAGAUAAAGAGCAUCCUAGAAAAAAGAGUCAACCCUUCUAGGAAGAACUGGAGUGCAAGGUUGGAAAAUGCUCUGUGGGCAUACAUGACAGCCUACAACACACUGAUAGGAAUGUCCCCCUACCGCAUCAUUUUCGGGAAGAAGUGUCAUUUGCCAGUAGGGAUUGAACACCGAGUGUACUGGGCAGUGCAACAAGUUAACAUGGAUGCUAGAGCCUGUGAGGAGGAAAGGAAGUUGCAGCUACAGGAGGUGGAGGAACUCAGGUUGGAGUCGUUUGAAACAACAAAAUUAUGGCACGACAAAAAUCUAAGGACCAAAGAUCUCCAAGUUGGCCAGAAAGUACUACUCUUUCAAUCGCGAUUGAAGCAAAUGUCUAGGAAGCUCAAAUCAAAAUGGACGGGACCAUACAUCAAAACUGCCCUUCGUUCUAAUGGAGCAGUGAAAAUUUCAGGGAGUACCCCUAACUUUGAACCUUUAAUAGUAAAUGGACAUAGGCUGAAGGUGUUUAGGGACAACGCGGAGGUAUGUGUAGUGGAAGAAAUUCCACUACACGCACACCUUGAUGUCGCCUAA